CCACACAUCUUUUCUUCGCCCUUUAACCUCUCUUGUUAUUUCAUUCAUCUUCUCAGUAAGUCUAAAGCCCCCAAAAAACAUGAACGAAUUCAGUCAGUUCUUCUCCUUCUUGUUGCUCUCUUAGACUUUUUAUCGAGCAUUUGACGGACAUCGGCAUUUUCCUCCUGCGCUUCAAUGGCCGCCGCGACCUCUCUCUCUCUCCUCCCUUCCUCUUCCCUCAGCUUCAUCCCCGACCGUCCUCACCUUCUCGUCUCACCGCCCACUUCUUCUCUCUCUUCCUCUUCCUUCUCAUCGGGAGCGACCCACAAAAGCUUAAUCUCGCUCUAUUCUUCGUUUUCAAAGCUUAAUCCGAGGCUUAACCGUGCUAAACGCGGAUUUGGGCCAGUAAUUACUGCUUCUGGGGAUUACUAUGCCACUCUCGGGGUUCCGAAAUCGGCCAGUAGCAAGGAAAUCAAGGCCGCCUAUCGAAGGUUAGCUCGCCAGUACCACCCUGAUGUGAACAAGCAACCUGGAGCUACCGAGAAAUUUAAAGAGAUUAGUGCUGCAUAUGAGGUGCUAUCAGACGAUAACAAGCGAGCUUUGUAUGAUCAAUAUGGUGAAGCUGGAGUUAAGAGCACAGUAGGAGGAGGCUCAAGUGCCUAUACGACUAAUCCAUUUGAUUUAUUUGAGACAUUUUUUGGACCGAGUAUGAGCGGGUUUCCUGGUAUGGACCAAGCUGGAUUUGGAACACGUCGUCGGAGUACUGUUACUAAGGGUGAAGACAUACGUUAUGACAUCUCCUUAGGAUUUUCUGAGGCUAUAUUUGGAGCAGAAAAAGAAUUUGAACUUUCUCAUCUCGAGACAUGUGAAUCUUGCACCGGAACUGGAGCAAAACUGGGAUCCAAAAUGAGGAUAUGUUCAACUUGUGGUGGGAGGGGUCAAGUUAUGAGAACUGAGCAAACACCUUUUGGAUUGUUUUCCCAGGUUUCUAUAUGUCCAACUUGUGGUGGAGAUGGUGAAGUCAUUUCUGAAUAUUGUCGAAAAUGUGCUGGAGAAGGACGCGUUCGUGUUAAGAAAAAUAUCAAAGUAAAAGUUCCACCUGGUGUUAGUACGGGCAGUAUUCUUAGAGUUGCUGGAGAGGGUGAUGUUGGACCAAAAGGGGGCCCUCCUGGGGAUCUAUUUGUAUAUCUUGAUGUUGAAGAGAUAUCAGGGAUUCAAAGAGAUGGCAUAAACCUAACUUCCACAAUAUCUGUCAGUUAUCUAGAUGCCAUAUUGGGGACUGUCGUUAAGGUAAAGACAGUCGAAGGAGUUGCUGAUCUUCAAAUCCCACCAGGUACCCAACCCGGAGAUACUCUUGUCCUGGCAAAGAAAGGUGUACCAAAAUUGAAUAGACCAUCAAUACGUGGUGAUCACCUAUUUACAAUUAAAGUCAGUAUUCCAAAUCGUGUCAGUUCCAAGGAGCGAGAAUUGCUUGAGGAACUAGCUUCACUGAAAGACACCAACACCAGCCGUCAACGAAUUCGCCCUCAAUCUAGGCCAGCUACUAAGAGUACAGAAAGUCCAGUCGAGACCGUCGAAGAGAAAACAGGAGAAUCAGGAGAUCAAAAUGACUUGUGGCAGAAGUUAAAGGAUGUGGCUGGGUCUGUUGCAAAUGGAGCUCUAAAAUGGCUGAAAGACAACCUCUAGACUGGCCUGUUUAUUAGAUGCCGCCCAAACAGACAACAUUGAGCCAAUGCAUAACUCUCGGAUAAUGAUUUUUCCGUCUCUCAAAAAUGACCUCAAAAUACCUUAAUUCUCAUUUGCUUCAUAUUAUUUGCUGAACUUUGCAAUCAUUGUAUUGGAGAAAUCUGUUAUCUGCUCUAGUAGCAGAUAUUCUUUUAUUUAUUUAACUUGUAAAUUUUGGUAAACCAGGAAAUAAAUACAAAAUAACCUACUGCA